AUGCCCACUCUAACGCGUCAGCCUUUCGCUCCCGUUGACGGGGCUCGACUCCAGAGUCUCACCAGCAUUAAGAACAGGCAAAACGCCAUUCCAAGCUCUCCUGCUAAGCGCAAGGUCGCUGAUGUCUUGGACACGGAUGACUCCGAGAAUGUUGACCCCGCGCUGUUCUCUAAGAGGGCAAAGGGGUUGUCAGCUGACAGCGACCUGACCAAGAGCUUCAAGCCUGCAACUUUUGUCCUUUCUAGAGCUCCGCCCCGGGCAUCUCUGUCCUCGACCAAGGAUGUUUUUGACGCGCAUUCUGCCAAGUCUUCCUUCGCUCAGCCACGAACCAUCCUUCAGCCCAAGUUCCCCGCUGCGCGUUCGACUCUUAGGAGCUCUCUCCUCUCCCCGUUAUCGUCACCCUCGGCAGCUCUUCCUGGACGCUCACCGCCACGGUCUUCUAAACGUCCGGGUAUUUUCUCCCGCCAGCGAACCCAGCACCCGAGUACCCCUUCGACUUUCAGAUCAGCACACCUCGGAGUACCGUUUUCGCUCGAUGCUGCUCUCAAAGGCACGAUUCCCAGUUACUCUGGCAGCCUCCGUAACAGCACCAGCACGAGUGGAUCGGUAAAGAACAGCAAAAACCUUGAUUUCCUGCUCCCCCCUGAGUCUCGGUCGUCGUGGACCUUUGAGAUUUACGAAGACACUCCCGAACAGGAGAUGACAAAUCUGCUCCAGCACAGCACCUGCACGCUUGACAUCAGCAGCGACGAAGAAUCGGAACAGCGCGACAAGCGGGAGCGCGCCGAGGGUCGUGACAAGGAAAACAUCCCUCCCCCUGACGAUGUCAGCCAGACCCCUGCCCGCUCUCCGAGAGCAGUUCCUUCUUUUCUCGACGGCGAUGACAUGGUUGAGAAGCAGCGUGGGCCCCUGGCUGAGAUGAACGCUGCCGAUUUUUACGCCGAGGGCUGCGACAAGACGAGCAUUUUCAUAGUUCCGGGAGACGAGGAAGACCCUGAGUCUGUUGUGGACGAGUCGGAUCAAGCAGUCCCUGAGUGCCAGGCCGAAGGCGGAUUGAAUGAACUUCCACUACCUCAGGGACAGCCCAAUGACGAGCCAGAGGAUGUUGUUUUGUCCUCAGCAUCUAAGUCCUUUAAGAUUUGGGAAGGGGAUGACGCUGAGGACGAGGCUAAUCCAUCUGCAUUUGUGGCUUAA